GAAUCGAGAUGACGGGCAAACCUCCGGUGGAGAAGGAACCCGUAGAUAUGGUCCAUCAGAACGCCAUCAGGGUUGAAGCCAUCAAAAAGGAGCUUCGCACUCAGAAGCUCUACACGAGCUUCAACAUCAACCCUCACACCAAGUUUCAUUCCUUGGCAGGAAAACCAAAUUCAAGAUUCAGUGACCUAGAUGGGAAAGAAGACAAACAAUUCAUCAAGUUGAUUGGGCAGAAGCUUUUGGAGCCAAGGAAGAAAUAUACUUACCCACAAACAGAAAGCCAGGAGAUUGGUUGGAUGUCAACUCCACUGAUUUCUUCAGACCGCAGUGAUCGCCGGCUGAAUUUUCAUCGGCACUGUGAUGAGAUUACCAAAUUCAUGGACCUUUAUUGGCGCCAGAAGGAACAAAGCGACGAGAAACCAAGAAAAUCGUAGCAGAUGUUAUCAAUGUGUUUCAAUAUUUGCAUUUUAUGUUUUACUGUUGCGCAUUUUUCCAUUUUAAGAUGAGGUCAACUGUGAGGUUAUGUAACGCCGACAGCCAAAUGCGUAGGAAUAAUGUCUAAGGUAAACAUAGCCAUCCACAUUUGUCAAGCAUGAAAGUAAAUAUUGUGCCGAGCAACUUAAAAAAAAGGAGUUUGUUUUAUUGGCAUGGGUCCGUUACUAUAGCUACCGCUGUUGAGUGAAUGUAACUUGUCGGGGCCAUUGGAUGCAUUAGUUUUGUGUAAGGCAUUGAAAUAUCUUCAAAAGACAUGUUAGUACAUUUACAGAGUGCAACUUUAAACAUUCAUGUGGACAGAAUACUGUUUUUUGAAAAAAAAACUUAUGAGCUUAAAAAAAAUCUAGACCCGCGCUGUGGUCUGAUCGAGACUGCCGUCUCCACAGUCUAUACCUUCAUGGCUUGGCUUGCAGUUUUCUGCACCCCCACCUUCGCUGUCAACACUGUUAAAUGUCCCUUCCUUUCAUCCCCCCUCAUUGCUCCCCAUCAUCUCUUACUCCCACAGGAAAGGAGCCAUGUUGAUCGUAUGUAAAAGAUGCAAUCGCAUCUUGUACGUCUCAGUGCACAUUGCUUUUAUCCAGCUAAGAAUCUUUCCCUCUCUCUCGUCCCCCCCCCCCCCACUCCCAUUUCAUCAGUUAGAUAUACCGUAGCAGUCCUCGAGCAUUCUUUCAACAAAAUUAUUCUAUUUUUGAUUUGGAAAGUUAUCUUUUUUGUGUUUGGUUUGGUUCCCUUCUGCAAAACGAACUAAUCCAGGUUCCUACUGCCAUCAACUCUACCAGUGAUCCCUUUCUGCUAAUAAUUCCAUUCAUUGCUUGAAACAGGCCCUUUUUUUUUGCUGCUGUAAUCCUAUGUCUGGAGGUUAGGAUCUCCUGUUUAACUCGCAUGCCUUUGCCUGUACAUUGUGUUCAUUAUAAAUCUCUCUCUUUGACUGCUGCAA